AUGAGCGAACACACGGACGCGUCCGCCUCCAAGGCGGCGAGGGAGGCGUCGAACAAGGAGCGAUUCGAGCGCUUGAAGGAGUCGAGGCAGAAGUACAAGGACGAGGCCGCGAGCGCGAGAGCGCGCGCGGACGCGCUCGAGGCCCAGCUCGCGAUGAUGUCCCAGGUGCGUAUUCCUCACACUGGUCCCCACACGACCCCGUUCGCGUGGUGA